UGAAAUGCAACUUUCUAUCUUUUUACAAACAGUAGGCUGUUGUUAUUGCGGUAACCCCAGCCAUGGUGGUGAUGGAAAGCAUUUGAUGUUCAUGUGAAGGUUGGAUGGGACCAUAACGUUUAUUACAACGAGAUCCGAUACCGCUUUGAGCUGAAAAGUAUACCAUGGAUACAACAGUGAGGAGUCUUCACGGCCUCUUCCAGAGCCUACGGGCUCAGGUGGAGUUGCUCAGCGAGGGUGUUGAGCCACAGUUUGUUCAGAUGGCACUGAAUUUCGAGGACUGUAGACGCAAAUGGCUGAAAUUGGAGCAGGACUUCUGUUCCUGUAAAGAGGUGCUGGCUAAAGUCGAGACUGAGAGAGGUGCUCUGGAAGUGAAGCUCAAACACGCCCGGAAUCAGGUGGACGUUGAGAUUCGUAGGCGGCAGAAGGCAGAGGCGGAUUGUGAGAAAUUGGACCGCCAAAUCCAGUUGAUACGUGAGUUGCUGGUUUCCGAGGGCUCGAGUAACAGCAUCCAGCUGAAUGAAGAGCAACGCUCUGCCUUGGCCUUCCUCAAUUUCCGAUCUCCUGCUCCCGCCAACCUCAACACCAGCCGAAGAUUGACAACCAUAGAUGAGUCUGCUUCCAUUUUGUCUGACAUCAGUUUUGACAAGACUGAUGACUCACUGGACUGGGAUUCCUCCUUGGUCAGAAAUGUUCGGCUCAAGAAGCGACAAAAAAGACGGUCAUCCAGAAACCACACAGAAGGCCCUGUUAAUGGUGCAAAGAAGUCUCGCUCAACUGGCCGCACAUCAGACAAGGGUAAUGAGUCACUGGUGGCAAAGACCACUGUGACGGUGCCUGCUAAUGGAGGACCCAUUGAGGCUGUUUCUACUAUUGAAUCUGUACCAUACUGGACCCGCAGCAGGAGAAAGACAGCACAGGACUGGGACACAGACUCCAUCCAGUCCAAUGAUACAGUGUUCAAGCAGCCAGGCCGGCCUGAGAGACAGAUUUCUACCUCCACACUACCCAGCACUCCUAGCAACAAUGGGGGCCUGCGCCUGCAUGAGUUUGUCUCCAAAACGGUGAUCAAACCUGAAUCCUGUGUGCCCUGUGGCAAGAGGAUCAAGUUUGGGAAGAUCUCUCUGAAGUGCCGAGACUGCCGCGUGGUGUCCCACCCUGAGUGCCGCGAGCGCUGUCCGCUGCCAUGCAUACCAACCAUGGCUGGCACCCCAGUUAAGAUUGGCGAGGGCAGUCUGGCGGACUACGUGUCGGGCUCGUCUCCCAUGAUCCCCUCUCUGGUGGUCCACUGUGUGAAUGAGAUUGAGCAGCGCGGCCUGAACGAGGCUGGACUGUACCGGCUGUCUGGAGCUGAGAGAACAGUCCGUGAGCUGAAGGACAAGUUCCUGCGUGGGAAGACUGUCCCGCUGCUCAGCAAGGUGGACGAUAUCCACGCCAUCACAGGCCUUCUGAAGGACUUCCUGAGGAACCUGCGGGAGCCUCUGCUCACCUUCCGGCUCAAUCGGACCUUCAUGGAUGCUGCAGAGGUGGGCGAUGAGGACAACAGCAUUGCCCUGAUGUACCAGACCAUCAGCGAUCUGCCGCAGCCCCACCGUGACACUCUGGCCUUCCUGGUCAUUCAUCUGCAGAGAGUUGCCCAGAGUUCAGCUACUAAAAUGAAUGUCACCAAUCUGGCACGAGUGUUUGGACCCACGAUUGUGGGUCAUGCAGUGCCUGACCCAGAACCCAUGACAAUUCUCCAGGACACCAAACGCCAGCCAAAGGUGGUGGAGCGCCUCCUUGCCCUGCCCACCGAGUACUGGAGCCAGUACAUGAUGGCGGAGAAUGACCAGGACCACCACCUUGAUCACAUGAUCAUUGAGAACAGCAACUGCUAUGCCACGCCAGACCACAAAGUGAGCAUGCUGGGACCGCUCACCACUCCAGAGCACCAGAUAACCAAGACUCCGUCCUCCAGCUCCCUAUCCAGCCGUAUGAUGAACAAGAUCACUCCCAAGUUUGGCAGCAAGAGUAAAUCGGCAGUGGGCUUCAACCGGCAGGGAACUUUCUUCGCUUCUCCACUCCUGAAGUAGUCCCAGUCCGACUAUUGAAGCUGGCCCAGCUACUGGCUGCCAAUUUCAGGCUACAGUUUUUAUAUGUACUAUUGUAUGCUCCUGUCUAGUGCUAAUACCUUAUCUUUUGUUUUUACUCUUAUAUCUGUCAGUGUAUCAAAGUAGAUUGUUAUUGUUGUGAUUAUGUACAUAGUAGGUUUUAUAGAUGUUUGGUCCUCAAAUAUUUUGAAUCAACCAAAGGGAAGCUGCCGCUGAACAAACACCCGUAGUGUCCCAUGCAGUGUCAGUCAAGUAUGAGUGUCUGUCAUCAAGAUACUCUGACAGGUUGACUACUGUGCAAUGGGACAAUGACAAAAGGACUUUUUAUUUGUGCAGAUUUGUGCUGUGUUUUGUAGAAUUGCUCUGUAUUUUUCUAGCUGGCUUUUGCGAGUGUUGUACUAGGCAAGGUAAAUCUGUAAAGUCUAACCUAUUUUGUUGUUGAAGCAUUUGAAGGAUAUCUAAUGUUUUCUUUUUUUUAUUUUAUUUAAUUUUAUAAGAAAAAAGUAGUCCCUCAAAUUGACUUGCACACCUACUACUGUCAGUACGUCAUGUUAUGUGAUGGUCCUUUAGUCCGUUUUUUUUUUUUACCUGGUCUUUUAAAGUAAUUUCAUUUUGGAUCACCAUUUCAACUCGCAUUAUAUUUACAAAUGCAAAUGUAUAUUCUUUGUUAGUCAGUUGUCUGGAAAAGCACUUAUCCAAAUUGGCAAUACAAACCCCAGAAUGA